AAUUCUUCCACGACACAUUACUCCAUCCGAGGGCAGCCAGAAUCAAAACAAACGAAACACAGAAAUCUGGCUGGUGGAGCCAAUGUCUAUAACCUGAACAAUAGCUACUUAAUUAGGAAAAGAUGAACUUUCGAAGAACCUUAGCUUUACUACUUUUAUCUACUUUGGAGUUAUUGCAUCUGGAUUUCAUCAACUCUGAAGCAUUACAAUUAACACAAGAAAUUUAUCAAGACACACUUAAUAAAAAUAAACUUGUAUUUAUUAAUUUCUAUGCCGAUUGGUGCCAUUUUAGUCAAAUUCUUAAACCUAUCUGGGAUGAUACUGCAAAAAUAAUACAUGAUGAAUAUUCAGAUGUCAAAUUCGCACGAGUUGACUGUGAAAAUCAACAGCAAAUAGCUCUGGAAAAUGCUAUAAGCAAAUACCCAACAUUAAAACUUUUCCGCAAUGGCAAAGUACUGCGGAAAGAAUAUAGAGGGCAGCGAUCUGUUGAUGCCUUUAGUUCAUUCAUAAAGCAACAAUUAAAACCAAGUAUGGUUGAUGUACUGAAACCAGAAGAUUUAAAAAUAGAUGAAAAUCGAAACACUUUCAUUGGCUACUUUGAAUCGAAAAAUUCAGACGGAUACCAAACGCUUGGAAAAUUGGCUGAUGAAUUAAGGGAAACCACAGAUUUUUUAGCUGUGCUCGGUGAUGCUUCUACGAAGGAACGUGCUGUUGGAGAAAAUAUUGUAUUUAAACCAAAAAAGAAAUCAGGAGAAGUUGAAACAACUUACACUGGCUCUCAUCAGAAUUUUGAACUUCUAAAGCAGUGGGCAGAAGAUAGAGCUAACCCCCUGGUCCGAGAAAUUACAUUUGAAAAUGGAGAGGAGUUGACUGAAGAAGGUCUACCAUUUUUAAUUUUAUUCCACAAACCGGAAGAUGUCACAGCUAUACAGAGGUAUAAAAAUGGAGUAAUGAGAGAACUGAUGGAAGAAAGAGGCCGUAUAAACUUUCUAACUGCUGAUGGAACCACCUUUGCCCAUCCACUUCAUCAUUUAGGAAAGUCGAUUGAUGAUUUACCCUUGAUAUGCAUCGACAGUUUCCGUCAUAUGUACCUGUUUAAAAAAUUCGAUGACGUUGAUGUUCCUGGCAAAUUAAAACAGUUUGUUGCUGACCUACAUUCCGGCAAACUUCAUCAAGAUUUUCACAACCCACAACCUGAUGAUAACGACCAAGCCCAAGGCCACCAUCACGGGCAACCAUCACAAGAACAGCAACAACCAGAAACUCCCGAAAAACAGGCCGAUACCGAUGACGGUAACACUGAUAAUGCUUCACCCGACCAACAAAUUGGAGAUGAACCCGAAAAGAAAUCCGCCUCGGGGUCUGGGUCUGGAAAAUCUCCACCAGAGACCGUUUUCAAUAAAUUAGCGCCAUCUGAGAACCGAUAUACGUUACUUCAUUGGAGGGAUUAUUCUGGAAAUUACAGAGAUGAAUUGUAAUGUCUUCGUUUAACUAAAUAACCCAUUCAAGUUGUUUCGUUUUUCAGUUGACUUAAAAACUGAAAUAUAACGUUUAUACAUCCUAUGAAAUUUUUAGUAUUUAUGUAGCUACUUUUUAUCUUCUAAAGAGAGAAGGUUUUUUUAGGAAUGCAUCGACGAUUUUUUCACACCUCGUCUCACAUAAUUGUUAGUAUUUAAAAUUGUAUACUUUGUGGAUGUGUUUUUGCAGUUUUACUUCCGAUGUUCGUGUAAAGAGUUUUUGCUGAUGACUUUAUUUUCCACUUCGUUUAGGCUAAAUAUAGGCGUACGGUAAUUGUUUAAUAGUAAUUUGAGGAACAGAUGUUAUUUGUAUCUAUUGCUGAGAGGAACAAACUUAGACAUCUGUCGUACCUUCUCUUUU